CAAAGGUCCUUAUGAGAUAUUGAACUCACCACAUUUAAUUCUGUGUAGUGUGAUGCUGGGACAAGAACCUUAUCUUCCGGUCAGAGCCUCUAAAAUCAGGCAACACACUCUCUGGAGGCUGCUUUCCCCACAAGACUCUCUCUCUCUUUAAUCUCUGUCAGCCAUCUCAGGACCCCUCAUCUCCCUCCUCCCGAGUACAGCGGGGUUUGGGCUCUGUUACGUAGUUAUCCAAUGAGAACAAAGGGGCAGGGUAGGUGUGAGCACAGGGAUAUUAGACCUCUUGCUGCUGAGGAGCAGUAGCACAUAAAGGGAAAGCAAGGGAAGGAUCACUUUACCCUCUGUCUCCCCAAAACAGUUGCCUCUACAACAAUGGCAUUUGAAAGCAAGAGGCAUUUUCCCCUCCCCAUGUUUGCUGCUGGUUGCCUCUGUGCUUGGCUUUUCUGGUUUUCCAUAUGUUGCCCGCUGCUCCAGUCUAAUGGUGUCGAUGCUUCUGGUGUUGAACCUCCAUGCAUUAAGGAACACAAAAAGACUGCUGAUAUGAAAGACUGCUGCUGUUUCCGUUCCUGUGAGAAAACGUGCAAGCCGGUACCUACAGUCAUAGAGUAUACACACAAACGUUGUAGCACUUCAGUUAAUGCUUCCAAAUGCAGCGAUCAUUGCAGCAAAAAAGAAAACUUUGAUUACAAAGAACGCCAGUGUUGCUGCUGCCAGGAAGAUGAAAUUGAGUAUCAGUCUGGUAUUCUUAUUUGCAACAAGAAAACAAUUGACUUCAAGUACAAAAAUGUCCUCUCUUGUGCAUGCAAAGAUUGUGCAAAACCAUAAGAUUCUAUUAUUAGUAAAUCAAUUGUCGUUUUUCUUUUAUAAUUUUGAUCCUUUCUAACUAGAUAACUCUGAUUUCAAUAAUUAUCAAACAAACAAAAAUAAACAUAGGGUCCAGUUUGUUCCAUUAUUUGAAGAAUCCACAGCACAUACCCCUACGAAAAGCCCACAUGGACAUCUCUCAAGAGAGUUACUCUGUUGAGCACAAUUCACUUCCAUUCUAUAGUGGCCUACAGAGAGACACAUACAUAACAUGCUAUCAGCUUGUGCCAGGAUGCCUAGAUCCAGGGGUGCUGGAAUAAUUGGAAUAGUGGGAGUACUGAGAGUCAAUGAACCAAACUGUAAACCCUGUAUGUAAUGGAAACCACUUCAAGCCAGGGGAUGCGGCAGCUCCUCUACUCCGAGUUCCAGCACUUAUUCCUCGAUCAAUUUGGGAUGCAUCAGGGCUGAGAGCUGGAGUAGCACCUAUUGUACAUUGAUUGUAAAGAACAGUUAGGAUCUAAGGGCCAGCUAGCAAGUGACACGUGCCAGUCAUUCUGUUUUUUGCUGAGCUGCAUGUUCAUGUAUAGCAGUGUUCCUUCAGCUUGUGUAACCUACACAUCUACUGGGCAUGGUUCACAGUCCCAGGUAGUGGCACUUAGACCACUUAUAGAGAAAAAGAAUGAGUGUGCUCUACAGACUUAACUGGGAGCCAGCUGGCUUUUAGCUCAAAGCUGUAGAGGUUCAUGCACUAAGCUCCAGAGGUCCCAGGUUCUGCCUGGUGGGGUUACACUCGUGCCCUGUGUUUGGCAGGCACCUUUAUUGUGAAGAGGCCACAUCCUGCACCUAUGCCCAUGCUGACUUAAGUCUUGAACCUGCAGCCCUGAUUAGGUGGGUGAGGUCUGCAGGACUGGGCCAUAAAUGUGGAAUACUGUGUUUUUCCCAACACAGAAAGCAGAAAAAAACCCAUUCCUGUGGUACUGAGCUGGGCCCUUAUGCUGUAUGUACUGGAGAUGGGGGUGUGAUGGCAGCACACAAAUACAUACCUGAGUUAGCUGUGUUCUAGCUGGUGCUCUCGUACCAAUAGCAGUGAAGCUGCAGCAGCAGGCCCCAGUGCUGAUUAAAGGCCUGAGUAAGUCCCCAGCCUUCCAGAUGGGCUUCUAUAGCUCAUGCUUAAGUCUCUGCUGUGGGGGCUUCACUGCAAUUGGAACCUACUUGAACUGGGGAGAGUGGGUAUGUCUCCAUGUGCUACAUUCACACGUCUGACUACAGGGUAGACAUACCCCAAGACAUGAUUUCAUUUCAAGCCAGAUGUAAAUCACACAUUUCUCUCUCAUUAUUAGCA